CUAGGUCACUGGAUCAGUAAAUCUGCUGCCAGUGCUACGUUUAUAUAUUAGGCUUAUUUCGUGUUUUAUACACGAACGUAGGAUGGUUUGUUCGUAAAAGUGAAAGGUUCGGUGUUCAUGCAGAAGUUAUUCUCUCACUCAUUUCGGUAGAAAACACGAUGGGAGAUUAUGAUUAUGUAUGUUCUUUUGGAGUUCACGCGGAACUCGGUGAUAUGAUGGAUAACUUACACAGUUUAGACCCCCGGAAACAGGAACUUUUGGAGGCCAGAUUUUUCGGAGGAAGGGGAUUCACCUUUUCCCAGCUGUCUCUAGAUCAGCAGCAGAGGCUAGUCCAAGCUUGUGGCUUCUCAGCAAUCCAGAAUUCCAACCACUCGCAGGGUUUCAGUGGCUCUCACCCAUCACAAGGUGGUAGUGGCAACUCUUCUCAGGCUCAAAAUGACAGCUCCAACCUCAGUGCAGCAAGUGGUUCUAGUGAUAAAGAUAUAGAUAGUCCAGAUAAACAAUUGAACAAGACUCCUCCAGAAAGAAAACGGAAACGGAAAGAUGAUCAAGGAGGUGGUGGGAAAGGUGGAAGAGGUGAGAAUGCCAAAAAAUUAAAUGAGUAUUUAAAGAAUCAAGGUCUUAGUCCUAGUCGGUAUGGAGGGUCUAAGUCACCAACAUCACAGACAUAUUAUUUGGGUAACUCAAGCUCUCCUCAAGCAAGCAUGAGUAAUAAUAUUGACUACUCAAGUAUGCUUUUCCUGUCUCAGCGAUCAGUACAACUUUCCCACCGGUCUGUUCAAACAGAUUUAACUAACAAUAAAAUAAAAGAAGUAGAAAGUAAAUCUGCAAUGGACCUAGAAAUCAGGGACAACAGAAUAGAGGAAUUACAAAGGACAAAUGAAGAACUUCGUAGGCAGCUACAGGCUCAACAGAAAUUAAUAGAAAAACAAAAAGAACAGCUAACUAAAUGUACAGAUGUUACAAAACAACUACUAAUUGAAAAGUCCACAAUGGAAAAGAAACAAGCUAGACAGAAAUGUAUGCAAAAUAGGUUGAGACUGGGACAGUUCGUUACCCAGAGACAAGGAGCAACUUUUGCCGAAAACUGGGUUGAUGGUUAUGCCUUCACAGAACUACUAAAAAAACAAGAACUAAUAACUGCUGAAAGGGAGGAAAUAGAAAGGCAGCGAAAAUCUUUAGGAAAGAAGAAAACAAGUACUGCUCAACAAAAAACUAAAGCUAGCAAUGGAAAUCCACUACUUUUAAAUGGAGACUUCUUGAAGCCCGAUACUCCUAAAGAGCGUUCGUGGCACGACUACUAUGAACAAGAAGAAAUUUUGAAGCUAAGGCAGGCAGCACUUAAGAAAGAAGAUGCUGAUUUGCAGUUGGAGUUGGAAAAGCUAGAGAGAGAAAGAAAUCUCCAUAUCAGAGAACUGAAGAGACUACAUAAUGAAGACCAAACAAGGUUUAACAAUCACACAGUACUGAAUGAAAGGUAUCUUCUUCUGACUCUACUUGGAAAAGGUGGAUUUAGUGAAGUGCAUAAGGCAUUUGACCUUAAGGAGCAGCGCUAUGUAGCUUGCAAGAUCCAUCAACUAAAUAAGGAUUGGAAAGAUGAUAAAAAGGCAAAUUAUAUUAAACUUGCUGCUCAACAAUUAUGGUUAUUUGUGCUUGCAGUUUUGUAUACUGAGGCCUUCAUGUUUUUCUGUAGGUUUUGUACUGUUUUGGGAUAUUGUGGUGGCCAUGACCUUGACUUCUACCUUAAGCAGCACAAAAGCAUUCCAGAGAAAGAGGCUCGUUGUAUCAUCAUGCAGGUUGUGCAUGCCCUCAAGUAUUUGAAUGAAAUCAAACCUCCAGUCAUUCAUUAUGACCUCAAACCUGGAAAUAUUCUACUAGACAGUGGCACCACAAGUGGUGGAAUCAAGAUAACAGACUUUGGACUCAGCAAAGUGAUGGAUGAUGAGAAUUACAACCCUGAACAUGGCAUGGAUUUGACUUCCCAAGGGGCUGGGACGUAUUGGUAUCUUCCUCCAGAGUGUUUUGUUGUUGGUAAAAAUCCUCCCAAAAUUUCUUCCAAAGUUGAUGUUUGGAGUGUUGGAGUAAUUUUCUACCAGUGUCUAUAUGGUAGGAAGCCGUUUGGUCAUAACCUUUCUCAAGCCACUAUUCUUGAAGAGAACACUAUUUUAAAAGCUACAGAGGUUGAUUUCCCUGCCAAACCUGCUGUUAGUAAUGAAGCUAAGCAAUUCAUCCGCCGGUGCCUACAGUAUCGGAAAGAAGAUCGUAUUGAUGUAUUUGGUAUGGCAAAUGAUGACUAUUUUAAACCCAACUAUGGAAAAUAUAGUCGACAGGCGAGUUCCUCUGAUAGAUCAUAGCCUUCUUCGGAACAGAAUUUUGUAGGUUUUUUUCUCUCAAAAUAACAGCCAAACAGCGUGCCAACAUAUUGUACUGAAGAUGAGAGCUAUGCAUUGAUUUGGUGAGGUUCUGGGUAGCAAUGGAUUCAAGAUAUAAUUUAAUUGAAGUAUGCUAUACUUAUUCAGCCUUUCUUCAUACAUAUUAGGCCAUUCCACUGGCACGCUCUUCGGUGAACAUCAACAUGAUUCCCAGUUUUUCAACAACAGGAGUAUGGUGAAUGUAUUUAUGGGGAUAGAUGGUAGUACCUGGAUGCAAAUAUAUCUUCAGGCUAAGGAAAAGUUUCAUAUAGAUUUGGGCAACAUGUCUGCCUUAUAUGAGCUUUGGAGUGCUCAGUGUAACAUAGAGUGUACAAAGUGUAAGUGAGGAUGGACCAGCAUAAAAACUUUAUGAAUGUAUGUGCAUGUGUGUAUGUAUGAACAAUUCUGUUAGGUAAGAACUACAACACGGUUACUUUUGUCUAGAAGACUUAAGACAAAUGAUCUGUAAAUGAUCAAUUGAUAAUCCUAACUGUCUCUUCCAAUGAACUAUAAAAUAGCGUGUAGAUUAUGACCUUUCAACACCUGUUUAGUCAACAGUGUAGAAAACAAAACGGAAUUCCUUCUCAAUUUUUAGUACUGUCGAAACUGCAUUCCAGUAUUUUCUAAAUCGGUGUCUACUGAAACAGCUCUCUGUUACUUACUGUAUUUACCAAACCACCACUCAAGUAUCUACUGAAUCAUCACUUGCUUUACGUACUGAGUCAAUGAUUCAGCGUCUACUGAAACAGCUCUCUGUUACUUACUGUAUUUACCAAACCACCACUCAAGUAUCUACUGAAUCAUCACUUGCUUUACGUACUGAGUCAAUGAUUCAGCGUCUACUGAAACAAUGCUCUUGGAUUUAUCGGGAAAAAAAUUCAUUGUAUAAUGAAGAAACAUCAGAUAUUUACUGGAUCAACAGCUUCGUAGUUACUGAUGUGAUUGAACACUUGAGUAACUUCAAAUCAACCUUUGGUAUGGUAACCAUUGGGCCAAAUCUUCAGUAUUUGUAAAAUGAAUCAUUUAGUUAUUCUUGUACCAGUUUUUAGUGAAUCUUCUCUUCUAUUCCAAAUUUUCAGUAACAGUAGGAUAUAGUUUCAAAUGCCUAUUAGAUUUGUUUUCAUUAAUUACUUAAGCUGCUUCAAGUAAUCAUUUGAUCAUAUUUUACAACAAUGGGGGUAGCUGUUGAAUUUCAAUCUUUUGUUUGUCACUGAAUCAAUACCUCGGUUUUUUUAUGAGCAAAUAUGGUCUCAGUAAAUCUUUUAGUGAACUCUCAGUCAGUGCAUCAAAAGCUGACAAGUUAAUUUGUGAAUCAACUUAGAGGAACCUAAUGAAUUUAAUUUUCAAUGAGCAUCUGUUAAAACAAUAUAUUUGGGUCAGAUUCUCAACAACCAUAUGAUCAACUUUUGAAUGUUUUUCAGUUAAAAGGCUUCAGUAUCUACUGACUAUACUUCAUUUUUGCUGGAUUAUACUUUACUUUCUUCUUGAAGAAUAUUUGAGUAUUUACUGAAUCAACUGUUUGAUACCUACUGGCCAGUACUUUAAUAUUCAAAGUUGAGGAAAAUUCCAAACAACUACAGCAACAUAUUAGAGAGAGCAUACGAAGGACAAUUAUUGAACUUGUAUAGGAAAUCUCUGUAAUUAAUCUGUUAUUGUAUCUAAACAUUGCAAAGUUAUUGUGAUACACCUCAAAGUUAGAGAUGUUCUCAUGGGUCUCUUUCUGCUACUGGUCGUAAGGUAGUGUGGGAUCUCUGACAUCACAUUUGUAGUUACAAAUUAUCUUGUAUAUUAGAUAUUUGUGUGAUUUAGGUCAGCCAAGCAGUCAAGCUUUUUUUUUUUUUCUUUGAGUUUUUUCAAAAAGUUAAGUUAAGCUGUCAGAUUGAUUUUUCGUACACCAUUUGGUAAAGAUGAAUAUCUAGAACCACAAUGGUUCUUUGUUUCCAGGCAUAUUCCCAUUUUGAUGAAAGCUGAAGACAUAAAGUCUGUGAUAAUCAA